AUGACUGCGGCUUCGGCUUCGGAGCCGGACUCCCGUCGUACUCUGUUGGAGGACACUCCUAAGGACGAUUCUCUUGGCGGACCGCCCCGGAAUCCCGACAAUGGUGAGAUACGAGAAGAAGAUGGCGAGCCCGAAAACGGCAAGAAGAAGAAGAAGACGUCGAAGCGCAGCGCUGGCGCCAAGAAGCGAGGGACUGGGUUCGAGGAAUUCUACUGUGACCCGCCCAUGACGACCGCCGAGCACAAUGAAGAGGUGAAUAUCAUCUACCCGCCACACCGCCCCUUCGUUGAUCGCAUCGAGGAGUGCAUCCAGCGUUUCCGUGCCCGCCGUCGCCUGGGGCCUGAGCGCGACGGCUUUUUCACCAGGUAUCUCAUGUUGGGCGGCAUCGACGCCACAGUCCGCCAGUUUCAAGGCACACAGAACAUCGGAGCCGAUGUCCUGGAGGACUCGACCAGGGCCGAUGUUCGCGAGAUGACGGCCGACGAUGUGAUCCAGCGUGGCGGAGACAGCAACCACAACCCUCGUUUCUACAAUCCGAACUAUCCCGAGCAUUGGGACGUCGACUUUACCGGUGUUGCUUCGGGAUUUGUGUCCGAGCAUCUGCCCAAGAUGGUCGGUUCUUCGAUGAAAGACUUCACCAUCGGUGUCGAGGUGGUUUUGAACUUCCUGAAGUACGUUGACCGGCACGACGUCUGUCCCGAAUACGCCGAGGACGUCAAGAGUGCCCAGAAGGUCUGUCUGCAGGCCCUGGAAGAGAUGCCGGCCAUUGCCGAGCUGUUGCGCCUCGUGCCUGGUCCCUUCAACACGGCGCUCCGCGUCCUGCACUGUGACAAAGACGAAGACACGUCGGGCUUUGACUGCUUCGUCGAGACGCCAGUUUCCAAUGCCACAGAUGCCAAACUCAUCCGCGCAGGCACGCUGGCCAUCCACUUCGGGGUCAAGAGGUGGCUCGCCCCCGAGGCGCCGGUUAUCACCGACACAUCCGAAUACACCUUCGAGGUUCGCAAGGUCUCUCUCUCGGACGACGCCAUCCGGGCCAAGUACACCACCAUGAAACAGCACCUGGCUCGUGUUCCCGCGUUCCGGCCCUGCGGCACCUUCACCGCCCGCCCCGUCGUCAUCCGCGACGGCUGGGACAACACCAUGCGCGCGACGAUCCCGCCCGAGGCCGACGUGGACCACGAAUUCGUGCUGGAGGAGGACAUGCUGCGCCUCCUGCGCGAGGGCAUGAAGCUGACGAUGGUCGUGUGCACGCUGAGCGACGGCCUCCGCUUCAUCAAACACGUCAGGGCCAUCAAGCCCAGCUUCUACGUCUUCCUGCCGCAGGAGCUGAUGAACACCUACAAGGAGCCCGUGCUGAAUGACCGGCCGGCGCGGAGCAUCCACGACCGGUGGGAGGAUGAGGAAGGGGAUGGAGAGGACUGA